CAAAGCUUUCCCCAUUCGACCUACUUGAGAACACUAACAGAACACUCUUUGACUCUCACUGACCAACGGAUUCCUGGUGUUGUUACUUCUUCAUUACCAUUGAUUAUUCGGGAUCAUGUUGGUGCUGUAAAACCAAAAGGAAUAAAAAAACUGGGGGGUACCGCAUUGGGCAGAAGACGAUCCAAAAAGCGGAGGCUCACCCAGCUGAAGGAAUGAGCUUUGGAAGCUUACCGCCCCGUCGGUAUGAAAAGGGGAAAGGGGUGAGAUAGGCAAGAGGUAGCUUGCUUCCCAGACGGCCCGGUCGUGAGGAAUCAAGAGGUCUUUGUCGGUGCUGACUUGGAUCUCAGGUGACAGAAUAAGGCGGCCAGAAGUGACGAGCAGUUGGGUUGAAGCUUGGCUCUAGAUAGUAGGCUAGCAGUAAGUUUGACUACAACGAAUCGCUUAUCAAGCGCGAAGGAAAGGGUCUCGCCACUUGAGCCGUAUGCGGGGGAACUCUGUUGGGGUAUCACGUAGGGGUGAUAAUCGAGUACUUGGAUUGCUUAAGAAUCGUAUGGCACCAAGGCAGAAGCAGACUAGAGGUGGAGGUGCCGGCUCUAGCCGAGGCAACACAAGCCGGUACCAGCCAAGGUUCCCGCAACUGCGGGACGAACUGAAGCAUACGGAGCUGCUGCAAAAGCCUAUGGGCACAUUCUACUUUCCAGAUGAGGACUCUCUCACGGCAGCAGGAGUGAGAGAUGACGUGAUGUUCCUUUUGAGACGUGGGUGGUGGAGGCACUUAUUCUUUGGGAUCCGUGAUAUCACAUAUAGAGAGAUUACUUGCGAGGUGCUUGCGACAUUCAAGAUGCCGAAGGUCAUCCCUAUUGAUGACAACCAUAGGCCCGUCAUCAAUUUCCGGGCAUUCGAGGAGGAUCAUGCCAUCUCCAUGGCGGAGGUGCGCUAUCAUUUGGGUUUUAUGGGGAUCGAGGAUAACGGCCAGCACGAGGCUACUUUGAC